GCAACGAUCGGACCAGGAGGUUGGACUUGGACACGAAUCAAUUGAAAAUACGCCAAGCUCGCCAGGCUGCCUUGCCACCCCUAAUUGACCUUUCCCCUUCUAUUGCGGUAUUCUGCAAAAUUUCCCAAUUCCAUAACCCUAGAUUCAGCAUUUCCCAAUUACACUCCCAACAUUUUUACCAUCCUUCAUUACCAAACUCUGGCACGAUAUGAGGCGAUCUCGGAUUUUCCUUUUGCUGUUAGCCAUCUUAUUUUCUCCGUCUAUACGCGGCUUCUUCUGCUCUCAGAUCUCGCAAACUGCUCUUUCCAAUCGUUUCCUGCCGCCCCCUCCUCCUGACGAUGGAUUAGCAGUGGUAGUUACUCUGGAUGGAACAAUGCAUUUAGUGGACAGAGGAUCAAGGAAAGUUCAUUGGUCGUUUGCAUCGGGCAGGCCUAUUUAUUCAUCUUAUCAGGCCUUCCUUGACCAGGACAAUGAUAAGCUUAAUGCAUCUGGACCCAACAGUGAUUUGUAUGUUGAUUGUGGGGAUGAUUUGCAACUCUAUGUUCAUAGCAGGAGCCAUGGAAAACAGAAAAAACUUGAACUGAGCGCUGAAGAAUAUGUUAGAAGAACACCCUACAUAGCAGAGGAUGGAGGGAUCACUUUGGGAGUAAAAAAGACCUCUAUUUACCUUGUUGAUGCAAAUUCUGGUAGAAUAGUACAAACUUAUAGGUCAGAUGAUCCUCCCUCUACGCUAGAUAUUCAGAAUGAUGCAGGUAAAACAGUUCGUUGGACAAAGGGUGCUGAUGCACUGGUGGAGUUUGGUCCUUUUAACUCAACAACAGUCAAGCAGUUUGUCUAUAUUAUGAGGACAGAUUAUGUCCUCCAGUAUUAUUCUCCAAACUCUGCUGAAGUAUUAUGGAAUGUGGCAUUUUCUAAAAUUGAUGCUGAAUUUCGAUGUCAAGGACCAGAGGAAAAACUUUCUGCAGAUUACAUGCAUGAUUUUGAGUUGCAAUUGCCAUGUCAGAAGAGACCUGUUGUUAUCCAAGUUCGUGAUCAUAAAUUGUUGGAAUCUCUCCCCAUCUUUGGCUGGCUUGAUGGAAUAAUCCCACUGCCUUCUUCAAAUCAAAAUCCUCGCUUGCCGCCUGCUGAUGUACUGGCUCUUCCUAGUGACAAACCAUGGCUUGCUUUGCCAGCUUCUGAGAUGGAAAACCCUCUUAUGUUGGAUACCGCUAAUACAAACAUCACUACAAGGUUUGACAUCGCUGGAUCAAGCAUACAACCUUUCAUUUCUUUCUUUGCUACCCUAUUGACUAUCAUUGUCUUUGCCUUUUACCGCUUAAAACGAGGUAAGGGGAGUAAGCAGGAUCAGGAAGUUAAAUUGCAAUCAGUACCUAAAAAGAAAAAACCUAAGAGAGUUGGGAAUAGUAAGAGCAGUGGCAAUAACGAGAAAAAGAACAAGCCUGUUUCAGAGGAGAAUAAUGUUGGAAAUACCAACACACUUCCUUAUAUUGAAAGGAAUGAAGUGAAAUCAUUGCUGAACUUUACAGAUCUUGUUGAUGGCCGAGUAGAUGGGCGCCGAAUUGGUAAGUUACUUGUUUCCAACAAAGAAAUAGCAAAAGGAAGCAACGGUACCAUUGUGCUUGAGGGGAUUUAUGAUGGUCGUCCAGUAGCUGUUAAACGUCUUGUGCAGACCCACCAUGAUGUGGCUUUGAAAGAGAUUCAGAACCUUAUUGCUUCUGAUCAACACCCUAAUAUUGUUCGCUGGUUUGGGGUCGAGUUUGAUCAGGAUUUUGUUUAUCUCUCUCUAGAGCGUUGUACCUGUAGCUUAAAUGACCUGAUCUAUGUAUGCUCUGAAUCUUUUCAAAAUCAAGCCAUUGUCAAGGAUGAAGAUUCAAAUUUCUUCAAUGAGUGUAAUGUUCGAUUGCAUAGUGUGAUGGAAAAUAACAAGGUUAUUGAACUCUGGAAGCCCAAUGGACAUCCUUCGCUCCAUUUGUUGAAACUAAUGAGAGAUAUAGUCUCUGGGCUUGCCCAUCUACAUGAACUUGGCAUCAUACAUCGAGAUCUAAAGCCUCAAAAUGUUUUGAUAAUCAUGGAGAAGUCUCUAUGUGCAAAGCUUUCUGACAUGGGCAUUAGCAAACGCUUGACUGGGGAUAUGUCUUGCUUAACCCGCGGUGCUACUGGUUAUGGAAGUUCAGGCUGGCAAGCACCUGAACAACUUCGUCAAGAACGCCAGACACGCGCUGUGGAUUUAUUUAGUUUAGGCUGUGUUUUAUUUUUUUGCAUCACUGGUGGUAAACACCCAUAUGGGGAUAGUAUUGAACGUGAUGUAAAUAUUGUGAAUGACCGAAAGGACCUCUUCUUAAUAGAGAGUAUACCAGAAGCAAUGGAUCUUUUCUCUCAUCUCUUGGAUCCCAACCCAGAAUUGAGGCCAAAGGCACAGGAUGUUUUGCAUCAUCCGUUAUUUUGGAGUUCUGAGAUGAGGCUUUCAUUUCUUCGAGAGGCUAGUGAUCGUGUUGAAUUGGAAGACAGGAAGAGUGCAUCAGAAGUAUUAAAUGAAUUAGAAAGUAUUGCAGCAGUAGCUUUGGAUGGGAAGUGGGAUGAAAAGCUGGAACCUGCAUUCCUUAAUAACAUUGGACACUAUAGGAGAUACAAAUUUGAUAGUGUUCGGGACCUACUGCGGGUAAUAAGGAACAAGCAAAACCACUACAGGGAAAUUCCUCAAGAUAUCCAAGAAUUAUUGGGGCCACUUCCAGAAGGAUUUGAUGGUUAUUUCUCUAGUCGAUUUCCAAAACUGUUGAUUGAGGUUUAUAAGGUACUCUAUAAGCACUGCAAGGAGGAGAAAUUCUUCCAGAAAUAUAUGAAUAGCAGUAUAAUCUAAUCUAAUUUUCAUUUGUUCCUCUCCUCUUUAACUGCUGCUCUUACUGUAUAUAGAAAUUGUAUCAUACUGCAAACAAGUGUCAGUGAUUAAUGUAAUAUAUUGUAAUUUAACCUUAA